AUGGAGAAGCUUGCCGUGGUGGCGCUGCUGCUGCUCCUGGCCCAACUCAGCUCCGGCCAGACCAGGAGCAUGUGCCUCCACCAGAUCGCCAUCGUCAGCCAGGCCUGCAUCAUGAUUCCCUGGAGAGGAGGAGGCUCCCCCCACGCUGCCACCGCCCUCCUCGAGCCGCUCCACAGCGACCACCACGGCGGCGAUCACCGCCACCACCACGCCGCCACUCACGGCCACCGCCGCGGCCACCACCACGGCCACGGCCACCGGCACCUGCAUGGGAGCAGCGCGGAGGAGCACUGCUGCCGGUGGCUCAAAGAGGUGGACGACGUCUGCGUCUGCGACCUGCUGGUCCGCCUGCCGCGUUUCCUCACCAAGCCCGACCACAAUUUCACCGUCGCCGUGGGGAACGCCUGUAACGCCACCUACAGCUGUGGAGGCAUCUGA